AUGGGUGUUACUGACAAGGUAUGGGGCGAGUACCCCAUUUACUAUAAGAAUCCCAUCAAGUGGAUGAGAUACCAUGCACACACCAAGCCUCAGUUCUUCUGGUCUGUGGCAUUAGGAUUAGCUGGUCCUGUUUUAUUAUUGCUUACACCUUUAAGAAGAAAGUACAUCUAUGCUGAUCAUGAACCUAUUCCAUAUGUAUAUCCUCUUCCCAAUAGACCAAGAGACAAGAACUUGAGUGGUUUUGAUGAUUAA